AUGGACAGUGGUAACGCCUCUCAGAAGCAAUUCACGGUCGCAAUCGUGGGAGGCGGCAUCGGAGGCCUCACUCUAGCCAUUGGCCUACUACGACGCAAUGUCUCGGUCAAAAUAUAUGAAGCAGCUUCGGCUUUUGGCGAGAUAGGGUUAGGUCUAUCAAUUGGCCCAGCUGCCCAUCGCGCCAUGCCGCUCAUUGAUCCCCAGAUCCGCGACAUAUACGACUCGCUCAUCACCACGCAUGCAGACAGUCCAGGCUAUGAGAAGUUCCGUCAGACUUGGUUUGAGGUAAUCUGGGCUACUGGCGAGAAAUCAGGCCAGCGUCUUAUGACUUUGAAUGCAUUACCCUCCGGUCAGACCACAGUGCGACGCUCCGACUUCCUAAAUGCGCUGGUUAAUCUCAUUCCUACCGGCGUGGCUCAAUUCGGAAAGCGUCUGGUCAAGCUGGAAGAGAAUACGGCUCGCGUCACUCUAAGCUUUGAAGACGGCACAACCGUUGUGGCCGACGUUGUCGUCGGUUGCGAUGGCAUUCGCUCCAAAGUCAAAGAGUCUCUAUUUCCCGAUGAUCUCGAACGAGUGCAACCACGGUACAGCGGCAUGUACGGCUACCGUGCCGUGUUUGACAUGGAAACCCUGGUGGAAGCUGUGGGCGAUGAGCGUGCGAGAGUUUCAACUUGGUAUAUCGGAAAGGGUGCGUACGCAAUUACCUAUCCCAUCAUGCGCGCUAAGAAGGUCAAUGUCGGUCUCUAUACGCUGAAUGAUACCUGGAACAGCGAUGAAUGGGUCCGCAAGGCCAGCAAGGAGGAUAUGCAGAGAGACUUUGAGCAUAUGGGGGAGUAUGUUAACUCGAUCAUGAAGUACAUGUCUGACGCCUCCCAAUGGGCCAUUUUCGAGCAUCCUCACAUAUCUACCUUUGCGAAAUCGAAAGUCGCAAUCCUCGGCGAUGCCGCACACGCCUCUACGCCGCAUCAGGGAGCUGGUGCGGGCCAAGCCAUCGAGGACGCGCAUGUCCUAGCCGAAUUACUAGCGGACACGCGCGUAACGUCCCCGGAGCAUGUCGCUAUCGCUUUCAAGGCAUAUGAUGCCGUGAGGCGGGAACGUAGCCAAAAGGUGGUGACCAGUAGUAAAGAGAAUGCAGAUUUGUUGUGCCUUUGUUAUGAAGGUAUUGGCGACGACGGCCAGAAGUUGCGGGACACAUGGCAGGAGAGAUUUCGCUGGCUUUGGGAUAUUGAUAUCGAGGAACAGGCCGAGAAGGCCAGGAGCAUUAUGCUUGAUCUGAUGCACCAUCAACACCUCUUGCCCGAUUCUUAG